CUUGUUUAUAAAUUAGCCAUGAAAUGUCAAUAAUUUCUCUACCCGAAGCAGGACAAUACAAGCCAAAUUAAAUGAUUUAAGUGGUGUUUAAGUAACGGUUGAAAGAAUGGAAAGAAAAGCAGAUGAUGCUGCUGGGAGCCUAAACCCAUACAGGGUUGACAUGAGAAGAGCAGGCCCAACCAACCCUGAGAUGGCUCCUUAUUCCAGACCAUACCCUCUUCAUGGGCCAAGAGAUUUCUAUGAAAUGCGGCUUCCUGAGUAUUACAACCAAGCAAUGAUGGAAACUAGUACCGGAAGUCAAUAUGCUGCUUUACCAUCACUGUCAUCAAAACCUGUCAUGAGUUUGCCUUUGUCUUAUAAACAUGAUGGUGACAUUGAACAAGAAAACAUUAACAAGGCUACAGAAGCAGCUUUGAAUGGUUCAAAGGCAGCAGAAACUGUACAAUCUGGCAGUGGGGAACAAAGUUGUAAUGAGGAAAUAUCUUCUGAAGCGAGUUAUAGAUGUGGUGCUUGUCCGAGUGUGUUCCAUACACUUUGCUGUCUACACAAACAUUUAGAGGCUCAUGGUUGCGCAGGCUCAUUUAUCUUCAAUCAUUCCAUAAAAACAGCAUAUCCUCAGUUUGAGAUGGUCUCAAUAUCAAUACAGACAGAUGUAGAAGAAUCCAAUGAAAUAGAUCUGGUGAAUGUUUCUGCGAUUAAACAGGAGAAGGUAGAAAUCAGCGAUAAAUGUGAUAUAACCGUAAAAGAAACUAAGCCAUUUGUUAAAAGAAAGGUUAAGGAACAGAAAUUAAAGAAAAAGACUGUGAAAAAAGACUAUUUAAGACUGAAAAUGAAAAAAAAGAAGAAAUAUGUAAAGAAAAUCAAGGAAUAUUACAGUGAUAAAGAUGAUAACUUGUCCAACUGUUCCAAUGAAACUGAAGAUUAUGAUAUGGAUUCUUCAGAAGGCUUGUUGGGCUUGGGAAUAAAGUCAGAAGGCUUUGAAGCUAAAUAUGACGCCAACAUUGUCAGGAUGGAUCCGUACGAAAAUGCUUUAGAAAUAGAUGAAGAAGAUGGCGAAAAACCUGUAAAAUCAAAGAAAGUACCAAAAUUACCAGGUGAAAAGAGACUGAGGAAGAAAAUUCAAAGAAGUUAUGGUGGUGAAGAUGGAAAAGUGCAUUGUGUAGCCUGCAAUGCAGUUUUUGAAUGUGAACGAGAGGCCAAUGCUCAUCAUCGAAAAACUCAUCCCAGUGAUGAACGGAAAAAUGAGAAGAGGCUUGAACUAAAAGAAAAUGGAUCAUACGAGUGUAGGAUUUGUGGAGAAGAAUUCAAAUUCUUUUACAAAGCAAAGAAACAUGUGAAAAGUAGCCACCCAAACAAAGCCAAAGCCUGCAAUUCCCUUCCAAUGGAAUGUAGAUGGUGUGGAGAAACUUUUGAGACUGCAACAAUUUGCUAUCACCAUACUAGCUCUUGUGAGCACCACCCAAAAUUUUCUUGCCAGAUUUGUGGUGAGCGCGCAGAGACACUUGAGGAACUUAAUGUACACUUAGUAGUUCAUUCCAAUUCCGAUAAUCUAAGUUGUAUGGUUUGUCGUAAAGCUUUCACUAAUGUGCAUUACAUGCAGCGUCACAUGCUUAAACACAACACCCAGAAAGUGAUACAAUGCGAGCACUGUGGGAAGGCGUACUCGACAGAUCGAGCCCUGACUCACCACCGGAAGCAGUGUACCGUGGAGGAGACGAUUCCCUGCCCCCAUUGCAACAAGAUGUUCAAGACUGAUCAUUCCCUUAAACUUCACCUUAUGGUGCAUACUGAAGAGCGACCAUUUGUCUGCCACAUCUGUGGCUUUGCAUUGAAGAAAGCGUCCUAUCUAAAGCGGCACAUCCGGACCCACACAGGAGAGAAGCCGUACAAGUGUGUCGACUGUGGCAUGAUGUUUUCAACACUAAAUGGAAUUAACAGACACAAGAUGACGCACUCCAACAACAAGCCAUGUGUGUGCCAGUACUGCGGCAAGUCUUUCACGACCAACUGGAACCUGAAGACCCACCUCCGACAACACACGGGUGAUACACCCUAUCAGUGUGGCCUCUGUGGGAAGGCUUUCAAGCAGAAUGUCCUCCUUAAGCUGCAUAACAAAACCCAUCACCCGACGUCUUAUGAUUAGACUGCUUCAACACACAAGGUUCACACGGGUGAUACACUCAUUGCAGUUACACCCCAUCAAUUAGUGGAAAGGUUCACACGGGUGAUACACUCAUUGCAGUUACACCCCAUCAUUUAGUGGAAAGGUUCACACGGGUGAUACACUCAUUGCAGUUACACCCCAUCAAUUAGUGGAGAGGCUUUCAAGCAGGAAUCCCAUCACCCAAAGUCUUAACAUUGCUAUUUCUAUAGUACCCACGGGUCUGACUAUCAGACCCGUUCCCAAAGCAAAAUAUGAGAUAUUUUUCCCAAUCUUCAGAAAAAAAUCCCAAUAUUUUUUUAGAAAGUCUUUUUACUUGUACUGGUUCAUUUUCAACAUCCUUAUAAAUAAUGUGAGGUACAGUUUUUUUUUGAUAAUUGAACGCCGAAAUCAUUUAUUUUCAUCACAUCCAGAGAUCAGUAUGAAAUAUUAUUAUCUGUUAUGAUUUAUUUCAAUAGAUAUUUACACCCCAUGGAUUGCUAUUUCAGCCAUUUUGGGUCUUUUAUAGGGAAAGAAACUAAUAUGAAAUCAUUUUAUAAUUCGCAGGAGACUUGACAGCUUUUUCUUUUAACUGUAAAAUUUCCCAAUUUCGGCAUUUUCACGGCGCAAAAUUUCCAAAAAUGUCUAGGUUUUUUUCCCCAAAAUGGGCAGAAAAAGCCCUGGUCCCUGGUCUAUUGAUUAGAUUGUUACGAUACAUGGGUGAAAGACUUUCAAGGAGAAUAUCCUUUUUAAGCUGCAUAACAAAUGCCAUCUCCAGACAUCUUAUGAUUAAUUAAUUGUUAGAUUGUCAAACCUGUUUCACGCAUGCAUACAUGUGCUGUACAGUCAUGCCAUUACCAGGAGGGCUAACAAGAAACUCCUGGAUUAUUUGCAAUCACUAGGAUGGUUUUCAUGGACAAAUAUGAUAAACAAUAUUUAACAAUUUUAUAUACAUGUAGUUUGAUUUUAACAUUGUUUGAAACGUUAGUAUCAGGUUUAAGUCCGUUUUAUACUAGCUUUUUUAAGAUUUUGAGUGAUAUCUUAUCACCAUAUUGUUAAUGGGUAUCUGAAGUAAUGUAUAUAUGUCUCUUAGAUAAUUAAGCAUUUGCUAUAGUUUUCUUUGAACAACAGUCCUAUCGAUGCAUAAUGUCUUCUUGAUUUAAUGGCUAUUGAUGGCAUUGCUUUCCCCAAUAAUGUAUUGAUGUACCAAGAUGACUGGAAAUGUUGUCAAGAAGCUUUAUACAAUGACAAAUAGUCAUUAUGCGUAAUGGGAGAGCUCUCUGUAGAAACUGUUCUAAAGUAAUGGAAUGCAAUGAAUUAAUGGUACGUGAAUGAAUAGUGAAUGCUUUCAAAGACCUUUCGUUUUAGUUAAUGAUAAGUCAUAUUCCUACAUGUAUACCCCAGUCAGCAAUGUUUGAAGUUUUUUUAAUUACCACAAUUUUUGAAUGAGCAUUUCCUAAACCUGUCAAUACUGUAUACUUUGUGCUCCUAAAAACUAUUUUGUCAUUGAAAUGCUGUAAAUGAGAAUAUGAUGGCAAAAUGCUGUAAAUGAGUAUAUGUUAGCGGAAAUGUUGUAAAUGAGUAUAUGGUAGCGAAAAUGUUGUAAAUGAGUAUAUGGUAGCUGAAAUGUUGUAAAUGAGUAAAUGAUAGCUAAAAUGAUGUAAUUGAGUAUAUGGUAACGAAAAUGCUGUAAAUGAAUAUAUGAUGACGGAAAUGUUGUAAAUGAGUAUAUUGUAGCUAAAAUGCUGUAAAUGAGUAUAUGGUAACGGAAAUGCUGUAAAUGAGUAUAUGGUAGCUGAAAUGCUGUAAAUGAAUAAAUGGUAGCUGAAAAGCUAUAAAUGAAUAUAUGGUAGCUGAAAUGCUGUAAAUGAGUAUUUGGUAGCUGAAAUGCUGUAAAUGAAUAAAUGGUAGCUGAAAUGCAAUAAAUGAAUAUAUGGUAGCUGAAAUGCUGUAAAUGAGUAUUUGGUAGCUGAAAUGCUGUAAAUGAAUAAAUGGUAAUUUCUCUACAUAUACCGGUAUAUAUAAUUAUAUCUUAGCUCUGGUAAUUAGAACAUGUAUUUAUUAAUUUUGUUUGAUGAUUUCAUACAAUGAGGAGGGUUUUUCUACUCCCCGGGUGAUGGUGUCUGGGUUAAGCUUUAGGGGAAGUUGGGAUUUUAACUUGUAUAUUGAAUACAAUUUGUUCUUUUGAUGCUUAAGGCACAUAAUCAGGGCCAUCAGACAAUUAAGAAAGACAACUCUGUAUCGUUCUAAAUACAAAUUUUUGCUGCUGAUUGACAUACAAACUUUGUUUUCAGUUUAAAGGCAUGUUUGGACUUUUGACCAUAUCUCAAAAACCAUGCAUUUAGUUGACUUGAUACUUCUUCCAGUAACUGUUGUUCAGGGCCAUCAGAAAUAAAGGUACACAACUCUAUUUAUUCUGAUUAAUUAAGAAAGUUAGGUCAAAACUUGUCUUGGUACAUUGGGGCUUUUGAUCAUAUCUCAAAAGUUGUUUGUAUAACUGACGUAAUACUUCAAAUGUUAUUUAACUACAAUUUAUAUCCUUUUUCAUUCUCAUAUUUCAUGAAUAAUGAUUGCUAAUUAGUUGCAUAUCUCAUAUACAAAGUUGGCGAAUACAACAGCUGUUGUGUGACAGCUGUUGUAAUGUAAUCAUAAUAAUUUAUGUUGAAUAUAAUUUCAAUACAAUAUUUUGAUAAUAUUGUAAAUGUUUAAUGAAUGAAUGUUGUAAUAUUUGUGUAUAAUGUUAUUUAUAGGUAUUAUUAAGACCUCAUUGGUUUAAAAAAAUUAACAUUUUAAUUGAUGCUUCCAUUUUGUUUUAGCUCUGGUAUCGAUGUACAUGGCAUUUUCUACUUGUAAAAUCUUCAGCCUUGACCAUAACUCAAAUGCCAAUUAAACCUAGUUAGUACAAAUAUUGCCAGUGACAAUAAUAUUAUAUCACGUGCAGAUAUAUUUAGAUGAAACAAGCAUAGCUGAGUCAGUUGGCUAAAUAUUUGGGAAAAGUACCCCAGAUCUCAUAUGUGUCCAUGAGACAUUCAGUAAGAGUAUUAAAUAUUUUAAAAUUAACAACGAUCCAGUAACCAACCCUGUUAACUUUAAUAAUGUUCUCAACAAUCGGCCCAAUGUAAUAGUUUGUACAGCUUAUCAUCAAAUAUAUAUGUUGUCCAUUUUACAUCAGUAAUUGUACUUCUGACUUUCUUGUAUCAGAUUAAACAUUUUCAUGAAUAUUUAUAGAUGUCUACAUAUUUAUAAAGAAGAUGUUAUACAUAUAUUUUUACACCAAGUGUAGUAGCACGAAUUGUACAUAGUUUUAUACAUGUAUGUCAUUUCCAUCAUAAGUUGUUAUUUUAUCCUUAUUUCUAUGAUAGCUUUGUGUUUGUUCUGAUGUUAGAGUAUUGCCAGGUUUAGUGUCAUUUUCAUUUGCGACAUUGUCAUUGUCGGCAAAGUUGAAACUUAAGCCUCAGCCAUAAAUAUAAAAAACAUUCAAGAUAUUCAAAUGUAACUUGGUAAAGAAGUAAUGCCCCUUUUUCAUUUGAAAAACAACAGCAACAAGCAAAAGGCGAGUUUUCGUGUUCUCUUUGCAGCAAAUAUCAACUAAGUUGCCUUAUAAAUAAGACCAUAGAAAGUUAAUUUGUUUAUUAUUUUCAGAAUACUUUUGUUAAAAGGCAACUCAAUAAAAUAACUAAACUUGAUUUUUAAAGUAAGUUUCAUUUUCAAGGACCAUUUCCACGGAUGAUUUUCAAGGACCAUUUCCACGGAUCAUUUUCAAGGACCAUUUCCACGGAUCAUUUACAAGGACCAUUUCCAUGAAUCAUUUCCACGGACCUUUAUGGUAUUGAAUGAUUGUUUUUACACAUGAUUGAUUUAUAUGCUUUUAUUUGUUGUUGUUACACUUCAUAUUUUUAUAUAUAAUGUAGAUUUUGUUCAAUAUUUCCAAUUUUAUAUUCUGUUAAUAGAAAAGAAUUUGAGGAAUUUUCAUAAAAAAAUCAGCUUGUGAUUUUUGUGUAUAGUAAGAAUAUUAUUUUUAUAAAAGUUGGUGUAUGGUUUUUAUUUAUAUUAUUAUGUUUUUGAAUGUUCCUAAUGUGAAGUCUUCUAGUAAGAGGAGUUAAGAUAUGACUUAAAAUAACUAUUAUCUUAUCUCCUUCUUAACCUGUGACAAUGGUCAUAAACUGCUGCACCAAAGUGUAAUGUGCCAGUUGUUCAGAACUUAGUUAAAGUUAGCAAUGCAAAAAAAAAUGUUGUUAACUUUUAAAUGACAUCCUUGUAAACUUUUAAGCGUGAAAUAGUUGUUGAUAUGUUCAUAUAUUUAAAUAGAACGAGUACCGCUGAAAGAGUGAUUACAAAUCUUGUUAGAAAUACUCCAGAUAACAUGUGUUUCCAUUAAACUUCCAGAGCAGAAUAGAUUUGAAAGUAAACAACGAUGACGUUAACAAAAUUGCUAACUUUGACAAAGUCCUGAACAUUUGAACCAAUGAGAUAUUCUACAGGUUAACUUAUGACUAUCUCACGAAUGUUUAUCAUUGUAUUGGUUAAAAGUAAUUAUUUGAUAAAUAUUGAUCAAUAAUAUGGUGGACAACUUUAGCGGACUUGGUUCUUUGGAAUUAUUUUCAUCUUUGAUACUUAUAGCUAAUAGUAUAUUAUAUGGAGAAAACUACAGAUAUUUGUUAAUUUAUGAAUGAAUAUUGGAAUCUUGAUUUGUGAAGAUGCCAAAAAUGUGAUGGUUUUUAAGUUUUUAAAUUUUCAUUAUUUUAAAUAUUGCAAUCCUUCUAAUCUUGAAAUAUUUUCUUGGAUUUUUUAAAUUAUGCAUCAUAAUAAAUGUAUCAAUUUCUGUACAAUUAUGUUGACUGCUUUUUUCUAACAGCAGGAUUUUUUCCUUGAAUUAGAAAACACUAGUGACCUUUUCUCUCCUCUAAUCUUAAUGUGAAUUAAGGUAAGGGGCAUUUGAUUAUAAAAUUUUGAUUUGAUUAAAAGCAAAGAUUUGGACUGAAACUAAAUUAACACCAUGCCGAUAGCAAUAAGGCUACACCUACAGUGUCACGUGACCCCUUAGUAAGGGCCCUCAGACAAGUAAGCAGAAACAGAUGAUAAUAAUAAUACAGAAGUUAUACUUUACAAUCAGAUAAAAAUAGCAUGGAGCAUUAUAUAAGUUCAUUAUCAUUUAUUGAAUGCAUUGUACAGUGCUGUAAAUGAGUAUAUGGUAGCAGAAUGUGGGAAGUCAUGGUGGAUAGCAACAUGUAACUGAUAAGCCCUGCCUAAUCUAGACACUGAUUGGUCAGUCGAUUAUCGACCGGAUGGUUUGAUUGUCUGGUCGCGUCAUGUCAAUUAUUGUGUACAUGUGUGUUAAAGGUGAAAAAGGGAAUUGUGGGUUGGCAAAUAAACGAGUCUC